GGGUUUCUGGGAAGUGUCUUGACAGAGAACCUAAGCUGAGCAAAGCAGCCUUGAUCUGAGUGAGCUAACUGGCACCAUGAAAGUAGCAGGUGUCUUUCUGCUCAUCUCUCUGGCUCUUCUCUGCUUUUUCUCAGGUGCCUUCAGUCAAGGAGGACAGGACAAAAGAGGCUGGAUCACAAGAUCAGAGGGUCGAUUUCCAGGGAAAGGUGUCUUAAGGCAUCGUCUCUUUCAAAUUAAUUGUGGUGAGUUCCGUGACCCCAAGGUCUUCUGCACUCGAGAAUCUGACCCACUCUGUGGCUCUGAUGGCCAGACAUAUGGGAAUAAAUGUGCCUUCUGCAAGGCGUUGGAGAAAAGUUCUGGGAAGAUCAACCUGAAGCAUCGUGGGAAAUGCUGAAUUAGAGCUGGUGUUUUGUGUCAGCUUACCUGUCUUCUCUCACCCUUAUUUUUUUUUAUUUCUGCUUUUUUUUUCUCUAGCAAAUGCCAUGAAUUCAUAAAUAAUAAAACACAACUUUUUCUCCAUGUGGGUCUUAUGUAGCUCACAAUGUCUAUUUCAUUUGACUUGUCAAUAAAGAAAAGUCUGCAGAAUUGA